CCGAGCUGAAGCUUUUCAGUGUUCCUGGAUCACAGUGUCCUCCAGGCUCCACCUGCCCAGGUGUGCCUUCACUAACAGUAACAGCUCUGUGAGGCUGCAGCGUCCACAUUUGACCUUUGACCUGAUGAUGGCAGCAGAGGAAGAAUCAGCAGGAUUCAUCCUGUGGGAUCAUGAAUGUCCAUGGUCCAUUAAUGUCAACACGUCAGUCAGUCCAUAGACCGUCCACGUGUCCUGUCUCUUCAUCCAUCCUCACCUCUGUUCCGUCCUCCUCUCUCUCCUCUUCCCUUGGCUCAGCUUUGGUCAGUUUAUCUGUGCAGAAAGACAGAUGGAGGGACAAGGCCUUUUUUAAUUAUUGCUGUAGACAGAGUCAGACAGGACCUCCAUCACUGAGCUAACAAAAUAUUUUGUGGUGUCAUAAAAUCCACAGACCCCCCCCCCCAGCAUAGGUCGUUAGCUCAGUGUCCUGAUGAUGAUGAUGAUGAUGAUGAUGAUGGAAGCUCUGCCUCUGCAGUCUGAGUUUAAAUCAGUUUGGUCAGAGCCGGCAGCUCUUCCAUCUAUAUUUAUCUACAUUUAUAAUUUAUACCCCCCCCCGCCCUGCCCUGCCCCGCCCCCGCACAGGCAGCAGAUGACAGCGUGGUGGCGUGCGUGCCAGCUGAGCCUCCUCUCCACAGGCACGCUGUCAUGUCAGCUGGUUCUGUGUGAUUUACAGGUCGGACGUUGUUUUAACGUUGAGCCACGGCUGUGUUUCAUUUGCCUCAGUGUUGAGCUGAAGGCAGGAGGUUGUCGGUUUGAAGCUCGGCCUUAUUGAUGAGUGUUUACUGAUUAUUAUCCUGCUGCCAGAUGUUAGAGUAACUGCAGCCUGGUAGCAUCUUGCUCAUUUUAAACCCCCACAUGCAGAGAAUCUAAGAUUAUUCCAGUCUUUUUAAUUAUUCCACUUUCUCCUCGGUCUUUCCAGGAGUCGGUUGUUGUUCUGAAACAGAAGCGACUCCUCCAGAUGAAGGAUCAUGGGGAUCUAUAACCCAGUGAUGUCAUGCUGCUUUAAGAAGGUUGUUGAAGUGCUGAUCUGGGUGGUGGCGUACUGACUCAGGGCUGAUGGAGCAGAGAUGGAGAGUGCUGUGGAAAAGUGCCAUAACAUUUGAUGUGAUGUAUUGAUCAGCUCUGACCGCUCAGAGUCUCAGAGGAAUCCUGAGAAAUGAUUUUCUGUCCAUGUGUGCGUCUCCAGUCCUCUGACUCCCGUUUGAAGGGGAGUGGAUUUAAUGUGGUGAAGUAACGAUGCAGACGGAGACGAGUCUGUGGAUUGGACUUGGUGACCUCUCGUGAGCUCGGGGACGCUCAGGCGGUGCCCUCGGCUGUCUCCUGAUCCGGUAUAAAUCCGAGGGGGGCUCAGCCGUCACCUUCAGACCCCCGUUUGUCUGAGACUCUGAGAAGUCGUUGUCAUCUUUUAAAGUCAGAGAGAAAAGAUUUGACUUCUUGUCUCGUCCUCUGUUGAAGCGCAGAGCUGACAGGAAUUCCCUGCCUGAGCUCACAGUGAACCCGAGCGCAGCCUGAAGUUUUUAUUUCACUCUUUUCUGGUAUUUUCUCUCUAAUUAUAAAGAUUCUUUCUGCCCUUUUGAAAAUAUUGUGACCUGAACUUUAAAUGGCAAAGUGCAUUGUGGUUCCUUCGCCCUCUCAAAGGUUGGACUUUGACCUCUGAGCUCUGAGAAUGUCAGGUUGAUGCUGCCGUGGGACCCAGACCCUGAAGCAAAGAUCCUGAGGACCUGCAUGGACGCCGGCCCUGCCUGAUGCCUGCAGCUUCACCGUCACAUGUGGGCGUGGUCUCAGUCUGACGACUUGUCAGAGCACCACCUCUGCAUCUGAAAACAUCCUCACACGCUAAAACAGACGCACAGCUUCCUGUGCAGGGGCACGUUGAUCUCCCAUCAUUCCUGACUCUGUCGCCAUGGAAAUGAGUCUGGAUCGGAGACGGAUGCAGUUCACCUCAUCUUCCUGCAGCGUCUGCGUGAUGACGGGGCUGUCAGCGGCGGACACUCUCAGUGCAGAGCCCACCCCCCCCCAGCCAAGGAAAGCCUGUAAUGAGUCCCGUCUUCAGUGGGAGGUGGAGGUGUGUGGAGAGGACUUCAGGCGGGACAUGGCUCACAUCGACCCACAGCACUGGUGUAACCUGACACACUUCAUCAGUGAGUACCACCUGUUCACCCUCUGCACAGAGACAAAGUCCCGCAUCGUCCACUGCUACUGGCCCAACCCACUGGUGGAGAGCUACAUCAUCCGCAUACACAAGCACUUCUUCUCCAACUGCACCAUAGAGCAGGUGGUAUGGGUGGACCCGCCGGACGACACGCUCACCAUCCUCAUCCUCGUCCCUGUUUUCCUCACAAUGGCCAUGAUUGCCCUGGUGGUCUGGUGCAGCAAGAGGAGUGAUAUCCUGGCCUAGGACUGAGUUCAGACUGGAACGCUAACAGCACUGUGGACGGCUAACGAGUGCACGCAGGAUUUGGGAGACUGUUUCCAAACCACCCAGACGUCCUGCGGAGACAAGGACAGCAGUUCCUGCUUGUUUAAGAAAACUUUACUUUAUGUAUUUUAAAAACGUUUUGCAUUGACCUGAACACGCUCCACAUGUUCAGCUCAGUGAUUUAGCUCCGAUUCAGGUUUUGGGAAAACAUCCUUUUGAGGAACUUCCUUCCUGAGAAGACAGAUACCAUCAGUCUGUGAAAUAUUAGGAAACUGUUAGCAGCAGGUUAGCUUAGCUUAGCAUAAAGGCUGGAAACGGGAAACUGCUGCCUUCCAUCCACCGUAAAGCUCACUGAGUCACACAAGUCGUGUUUCUUUAGUCCAACAAAACCACACUUUGGACAACAACGUGUGUGUGGGUCUGUUUCCAGGCAGGUUACCUUUGGACAGUGUCUAGUCUUUAUGCUAAGCUAAGUUAGCUAGCAGCUAGCUCCAGCUACAUAUCUAUCACUCAGACAUGAGAGCUAACAAACUUCCUUUGUCCCAAAAUAUCAAAGUGUUUCUUUCAUUGUGGUGGAUUCCUCUGAAAUGUGGUGAACGGCUCCUGUUUGUCACAGACUCAGGGCAGUGUGUGUCUGUGUGUGUCUCACUGUGUCUCCACAGACAGAUGGACAGAUCCAUGGAAAGAACUGUGAGCUGACACUGAGAGCUCGUUCUGUACAGUCACACUCUGUCUGUGCUGUCUGCUGUACCUGCACCGCCGCUCCUCGUACUCCGAGCGCUGGAUUUAACGUACGUACAUCGUACCUACGGCUCUUUGGAGCUGAGUCCUCACCUGAAAUUGAGAGACCACGUCAGUCUGUGUUUGUCAGUCUCAGAUCAGAUGGGGGUCCAGCUGGUCUUGAGUACAUGAAUGCUUCCUGUUUGUAUAAGACAUGUUAAGUUAUGGUUUCUGUUUAUUUAAAAAACUCCAGAAAAAGAAAACUGUGCAGCAGCUUUAACAGUGAGCGGGUCUGAGAGUCCUCAGCUGCUCUGAGCCCAGAGCUUCAGUCCAGCACAGAGGUCGCUCACCCUGCUCUGCUCGGUCUGCAGGUGUUUCCUCAGACACCUGGCUGGAGUCAUCCUGCAGGCAGCUCCACCCACCUGGGCGCUCCCUGCUUACAAAGCAAGCCUCUUUCUAAUCUGUUGCCUGAGGAGUGUGUAGCUGUGUGUGUCCUGAAGGGUUCAUCGUGUUAUCACCUGCGGGCUGAAUGAUUUACUGUAGAUUCUAUUUAAAGUCACAAUUAAAGUCAGUUCA